ACCCGAGCUACAAUCUAUUCGUCAUGAGUGGUCGCAAAUUCUCCAGCUUUAAUCUGAAAACCCUGGAAUUGAGCUGGAUCGCCCUAGACUAUGGAUUCUUGCGCUGCUCGGGUCUUCCAAUGCUGACAACCUUGAAGAUGACAAGCUGCCUGCUGGUGCUGGAUCGUCAUCAAAAGGAGGGCCUUGUUGAUCUCUUCUCAAACUUUCCCUGUCUGGCGAAUUUGGUCGUCUCUAACUGCUUCCUCCCUGACCGGAAAACUGUUGGAAGGAUGAGGAUAUCUGGACCCCAAUUGCUGAGCCUGGAACUGGACAAGACGGAGCAGUUUCAGAUCGAAAUAUUCGCACCCAAACUCCAGUUCUUCAGUGUUUGUCAAGACGUGAACAAUGCGCAAGGGUUCAUCGAGCUAUCUCUUCCUACCCUAGAUCGUGCAGAUAUCGCCUUGACCCAGAAGCAAAAUAUCCAUUUAAACAAAAAAUCUCCUUAUGAGCACCACUAUCUGAAGUCCUUGUUCCCAGGCUUGCAUAAUGCAAAGUCUUUGAAGCUGGAUUCUUCUAUUGUUCAGUUUCUGAAGAAGGAUCUGUAUCCACAACUGACCCCCUCUAUGGGAUUUGAGACCGUGUUUGCGCCAUUGAACGAUGGACACUUUAUCAACCCAAUCUUUCAACCCCAAGGCUAUACAAUUUUGAAGUCCUGUACUUCUACCGUCCAGGAGUCCUAUCUGGAUCAAGAACCGUCCCCGUUUAAGAGACUGGAGACCUUGAUUGUGUCGUCCUAUGGCUUACCGUUUGUGGAGUCCUUGUUCCAUGAUUUGUAUUCUGGAAAACCUUCAAAGAUGAGUCGGUAUACCGUUAAGGCACUACCACUGGAGAAUGGUUGGGAGUUUGAGGAUCCUCGUGCCAAUUAUUUGACAACAAGGACUAGGAUGUAUGUCUAUUGGAUGGGGAAUCAGUAACUACGAAUUCUAUAGAUGGGAGAAAGUGAUAGAUUACUUCUUUAAAGAAUCUUCUUGUGAAGAACCAA